UAAUGGUUGAUAGUUCUUAUCUUGGUUUAUCAAUAGUUAUUCAGCUGCGGUAUUAGCGUGUUUCUAUAAACACAUCCUUGGACACGCCCGUAAUCCGGUUGGCAAGCACACGUCCAGCCUGGCAUUACAAUGUGAGUGACGAUUUGUUCAUUUACAUUGUAUACGCGAAAUCAUCGUUUUGUAUUCUGUAAACGUUAAAAGGUUACAUUUAUUUAAACUUUCAAUUCGAACCUAAUCUAAUAAUUAUAUUUUAGAACAGAGAUUUUUUUUUUUUUGGUAUACAUCUGUAUUUAUGUUGUCAUUAGCGUGACAUUAAUGAUAUAUAAGUUAGUAUUACCGGUGUCAAUCCUAUUACGAUGAAUCCUAGAUUUACGUUUGUGUCAUUGAUGUUUAUGCUGACUGUAUGAGUUCGAUCAAAUAUAAUAGACAAGACUAGGUUUUCGUUAUAUACAUUGUAUCUGCAUUUGAUAAGGAUAAAUACGUACUUAUUCAAUCAUUAUUCGUUUACAGGUGCAAUAGCAAAAAUAAAUCAUUUGUCUUUCAGCUCUUGAAGGGUUAUCAUGAUGGCGUAAACAUUGAUUUCCCUUAGAUGCAAUGCACAAUUGACUUUUGUUUGCUUUUAUAGCAAAUUUAAAGGUAAUAAUGAUGGGUAAUUCCAAAGGUAAGGCCAGUGAGAGUAAUACCGGUCAGGCUACCUCGACGGAACUUCCCGUGUCCAACACCGCAGCCAAAAAGGUGGAUCCAAGACUGCCUUUCGCUACCUACCGACAGCAGUUCAACACCGUCAAUGCGUGGAAACCACUGAUGAGGACGCUCGAAAAAAGUGCCAAAGAAAAUCUCAUCAGAUUCAUCAAUACAUACCCCCACUACAAAGACUGUUUCCCUAAUGCCAAGAACAUCGAGAAAGAAGAUUCAAUGAGAGCCAGUCUGGAGUUCGGGGUCGACGCCAUGGGAGCCUUUCAGAUAUUUGAUGACGUCAUGGGCAAUUUGGAGGAAGUCGAUGUAGCAAUUAAAAAGAUCCGAAGAACCGCAAAGAUUGGUCUGAUGACUCUGGACAUGAUGAAAGACAUGAAGGUGACAUUCCUAGAGACCGUUGCCGCCACGCUUGGCGACAGGUGGACAGACACAACGAAAGAAAACUUUACUCUCCUGUAUGACUUCGUGCUAGAAGAGUACGAGAAAGCCCUGUAAACACUGAGUCUGUCCCGAGUAUGGGUUACUGGAUCAGCCAAUUGGACAGUGAAUUGGUGUUACAUGUACACCAUGAAGAACGUUAUGCAAUGAUUGAUGGUCACCCAAUAUCUGUCAUAUAAUUAUAAACGUCUAGAUGACAAGUUUCCAUUGUUGUGUUGGAUCGACGGAUUCUCGGGUAAACCGAUUGUGAAAUGAGAAUUGAAACGGAAAUAAAAUUUCUAAAAAAUAUAUUCGAUUUCAGCAGUGAAAUUGACAGGAAAAUGAAUCCAAAGAAAUACGCGGCGAUCAGCCUUGGAUAAGGUAUGGAAUGUGCAAAUUUUAUCACUAAACAAUGGUAUUAUAUGAGAUUUGAAAUAUAUAUAUACAUAUGUACGGUGUUUAUUUGAUAACACAAUUUGAUUUUUGUCCUCUGAUUUAAAAAUAUGCAUAUUAUCGCAUUUAGAAAAAAUAGUUGGUGUGGUUCCGUUCCGCCUCCAUUUCCAUAUGUCAGAAGAUUCCGGAGGUGUAAACAGUUCAAUAAAUAUGACUAUGGUAAUGUUGGGUAUGCUACGUCGACAAUGUUUAAAUUAUUCAAAUUAUGUAGCUUACAAAAAAUGUACCAUCUUUAAUCAUAUGCUUAUCAUAUCAUACUGAAGUAAAACACCCCUUCCACUUUCCGGCUUUUUCUAUCAAAGGGUUCAUUUUUUUUUUAAAUCUACUUCAAUAAAGCAUAUACAUUUCUGUGUAUCCUAUAAACGUGUUUUGUAAUGUUUGUGUUUUUUCAUGUAUAUGUAGAUUUACAAUUACAUAUCACGUAUCAUGAUCUUUACAUGAUAACUUGACCAGCCUUGCUACAAAUGUACACAAUUUCCAAAAUUCCCCCCAAAACGAAAUACUAUCUAGUCUUAUAUCUCUGUAAUGAUCAUUCAGAAUACCAAUUGAUGAUAAAGAAAGUGACCUUCCUCGUUUAUAUUUGAUUCCUACACUAAAUGAUAAUGAACUCUCGUGUAUACACGUUCCUUCUACAGUAUUAUGUGACUUACCUAGAAUAAGUCAUCAAAUCAGCACGAACUACAUGUACAUUAAAGAUCACUUUGACUUUGACAAAGAUGAAAUAAACUGGUGAUUAAAUCGUGAAAA